UCGCAAAGUUCAAGGGGGCCGAAUACUUUCGCAAGGCACUGUAUGUCUGAAAUGGUUACUACAUGUGUCAGAUACCCUCUGAAGUCGCUAGGAUUUUACAGAACAUUUAAUUUAGUCUCGCCAUCCUUCCAAAUAAAACUAAAAAAAUAGUUUACAUGUAAGUAAAUAAUCCACAAUAUUGUUCCACGCUACAGAUUUGUUUACUAAUGGAUUGCUAAAGGAUGCUCUGUUUUGGGCGUUUCUUUCUCGCCAUUCAAAGGAGUGGUGGUGACGUGUCCAAGCGUUCUUAUCGUAGCUCAAUGUUGAGUUUGGUGAAGUAAGGGAAACGAAACUGAGAAGACAACAUUCCAGUGUAGGGAGACUGUAGGGAACAGCAUUCACCCUCUUUGUCAAGUUCUAUUGGACAUGCCUUGGGGACAAGGCAACACUGUUCAGUAACGAUAUCAACCAAACCAGGAAAUGUCCAAACACAGGGAGAGCGUCAUGUCACGAUCAGAGUUAACAAGGGAGCUCUUGGGCCAGUACAUCUCUGACACCCUCAGCAACGUUCACACAGUGAGGGAGUUCUGUGACAGGCAUUCCAAAUGGGCCCUUCAGAGGAAGACAGAACUGGAAAUGAUGAGGGACAUCAAGCAGAGGGCAGACAGAAUUGACCUUAAGUUCGACCAUGUCCGUAACUCAGCGACCAAGGCCAAGGCGUUUGGGGAGUUCGUAUGGAGCGGUCUGACCCAGGGGACUGCAGACAGUAGGCGUGAGGAGCUGGAGAAGGAGCUGGGGGCUGUACUAAAGGACACUCUGGGAGGCCUGGAGAAGCUGGAUUACUUCCUGGAUGCUGUGGAGUGUCUGGCGGUCACCUGUCUGUUGGUGUUUGAGGAGAACAGGUUCUUCUGUCUGCCUCAGGGGACGAGCCCUGCCAGUGUUCAGGCUGUCAUCACUGCUGCCAGAAUAUCCUGCCCUCUCCUCAUCUACUUUAAGAGGGAUGCUAAGGCCUUCUUUAUGCCCAGCCUCCUCAAUGUAGAGGUGCUGGCCCUCCAACUGGACAGAUACAUAGAAAUCAGCCAGCAGCUCUGUAAGAGGAUGGACAUAGUUAGCUCCAUCAGUCAAAUGCUGUUUUGGAAAAAGAAGAAUGACAUCCCUGUGGUCAACCUUGAUGAUGUGAGUGAAAAGUCCAUAGAAAAGAUGAUGGACCAGUUGAAUCAGUUGAAUGAUAUCAGGAUGGACCAGCACCUCAGACUAACAUUCCUGUUCCAAGAGGCUGCUCAGCGCUUCAUUGGCCGGUUCAGCCAGCGCCGACCCAGGAUGGAGCAGUUUCUGACCGAUCUGGAGGAGAAUGCUGUGCAGCUGGACAGGAUGAAGCUGGGGGCUAAGAUCUCCAGUGUGGCAGGCAGCUCAGUGGGGGUGGCUGGAGGAAUCCUAUCCAUCGUGGGCUUAGCUCUGACCCCUGUCACUGCUGGGGUGUCACUGGCUCUCACCAUUACAGGGGUCAGCCUGGGGGUCACCAGUGGGGUCAACAGUUUAGCCACUGGUAUCACAGAGAUGAAGGUCAAUAGCAUCCAUGAGAAGAAAGCCAGUAAAGUCUUCCAGAGUUUCAUGGAGGAUGUGGAGAGUCUCCAGGAGUCUCUGGAGAAUGUGGCCACUACUAUGGAGCCCAUCCUGGGGCAGAGCAGGGUGGACGGCGUGCUGGGGGUAGGGAAGGUGAUUGCCACAGCCGGGGCCAUUGGAAAAGGCAUCGACUCCAUAGUGGACUGUGCCUCGGCUCUGAGUGUUAAGGCCCUUGCAAAGGAAGAUCUGAUUGCAAGCACUGGUAAGUUGGCGCUCCAGGAAGGCAAAGCAGCACGAAACCUACCCAAGCUAGCAGGGGACAUCCCAGACAUUGGACAGGUGGCCAAAGGCACCCCACUAGCCCUCUCCAGCUCGGCGCGGGCUGGUUUUAUCACUCUCAACGCCCUCUUCAUUGGCCUGGAUGUUUUCUUCAUCUGUAAAGACAGUGUGUGCCUGGCCAAAGGCAGCAAGAGUGAGUUCUCCCAGCUCAUCCGUGCCAGAGCGGCAUUGUGGCGCACAGAGCUAGACUCCUGGCAGAGGAUCUACGACUCGCUGUGUAGAGGAAUUUGGAAGUUCAGGAAGUGCCAGAGAAUCCUGGCACAGCCUUUUUACCCUCCUGGAGGGGAAUCUGAAAGAGAAAAAAUCUAUGUAGGACAACAUCAAUGACCAGUUUGAAGUUAGGGACUGUCAAACAUACUGUACAGUUGCACAUACUGCACAUACUGUACAUUGCCUAUCUGUCAGUCAUUUUGAUUAUGCAUUUUACUUGAUUCUCCGUUAUUUAUUAAAUGUAAUAAUGUUUCUAUGAUUGUGCUGCUGACAUGUACAUGCACAGAAGACUUAUUCCUCCCUUCACCAGUAGUUGAAGACGUCUUGCUAACAGGCAAUGAAACAUGUUUGUGCAAUUUAUUCUGAUGUUGACUUGUGUGAAAAGGUUUCAAUGAGACUUAAUGAAAUGGAAAGGGACUAAUUAUGUCUGGCCUUAUUUGUGUCAAUAAUAAUAGGCCUAGUUUCUGGUGUUCUGAAAUACCUUUGUAAAACAAUUAUUUAAUAAAUCCUUUUUUAAUUGG